UACUCAGUUGCGAUGCAUGCAUGGUCCCAAAGCCCUAAGACUUGUCAGCUUGUCUUUUAGGGUUGAUGUUGACUGACUUCUAUUUAUUCCCUUGAAGCUCCCUUUUCAUUUUCCACCCUCAAAUCAAGGCUACUUCUUUCCAGGAAAAUGGAUGUUCUUGGAUUACUUAUAGUGGGGUUUCUCUCGUUUGUCUCAUCUGCUCAUGGAUACUAUGGAGGUUGGAUUAAUGCUCAUGCCACCUUCUAUGGAGGUGGCGAUGCUUCUGGGACAAUGGGUGGGGCUUGUGGUUAUGGGAACCUCUACAGCCAGGGUUAUGGAAUUAACACAGCAGCACUAAGCACUGCAUUAUUUGACAAUGGCUUGAGCUGUGGAGCUUGCUUUGAGCUCAGGUGUGUGAACGAUCCCCAGUGGUGCCUCCCUGGCUCCAUUGUUGUCACUGCAACCAACUUCUGCCCACCAGGAGGCUGGUGCGAUCCUCCCAACCAUCACUUUGAUCUCUCUCAACCUAUCUUCCAACACAUAGCCCAAUACAGAGCUGGUAUUGUCCCAGUAAUUUACAGAAGGGUAAGGUGCAGGAGGAGUGCAGGCAUUAGGUUCACCAUUAAUGGCCAUUCAUACUUCAAUUUAGUACUUAUCACCAAUGUAGGAGGAGCUGGAGAUGUGCAUGCAGUUGCCAUUAAGGGUUCAAGAACUAGAUGGCAGCCAAUGUCAAGAAACUGGGGCCAAAACUGGCAGAGUAACUCGUACCUGAAUGGGCAAAGUCUCUCGUUUCUAGUUACUGCUAGUGAUGGACGUAGUGUGCUCUCUUACAAUGUUGCCCCUGCUGGCUGGUCCUUUGGCCAGACAUAUACUGGAAGGCAGUUUCGGUAUUAAUUAAUUAAUUAAUAGCAGAUCUAAGAUGCAUAAUUCUAGCUAUUACUGUUUAAUGUAUCUUUGAUAAAUACAGUAAAUAGAAGAGAUCUUGGGUUGGGUCAAUUUUUAUCAUGAAUUGGCCCGUCUCGAUUUCUUCCCAUAGUUUUACUGUGAUAUUGAGUUUUUGCAGUUCAUGGGUUGGCUGAGGAUUCAAGCCUCGAGACUUUGGUUAACUGCUGGAGAGAGGAAGAGAGGGAGAGUAUUUGUAAAUUAAGUCAGUUUUUAUAAUAAUUUAAUCAUUUUAAUUAUAAUAA